AUACAAAUAUUGUGUUUUUAUAAUUGAGUAUACUUUUUAUGUAAUUUCUACUCAAAUAAAAGACAAAAUUAAUAAUAUCAACGUUGAUUCUUUUUAUUGCCGACACAAACCACCGGAGCCUCAUGUUUCUCUGCUGGUAUUAUUUUUAAUGUUUUAUACGGUGUAUGGAUUUAACCAUGGAUGUUCAAAAUGAGCUUGAUUUUCAAUUCUUAGAUUUACAUGAUUUAAAUGACAAUGAUAGGAAUCAUUUAAUAGGCAUUUUAAAAUCCAAUAUUGUUAAUGAUACCUUAAAAUUACCAUGGGAUACAGCUGAAACUAACAGUGAUGUUAAUAUUUCUAUAACAGAAAUUCCACAAAUCCAUAAUCAAUGGUAUCAUAAUGCAAUACCACCACCACCCUCAUAUACGCAACAAAUAAUGUGUAAUGACUGGCAGAGACCACCAAUUUAUCCUGUCCCAACAGAUACUCACAUACAACCAUUCAUGCCUGCAAUGACUUAUUCCCAUCCUGGAUAUAACAUUGGAGGUGAAAUCCAUGAUGUUAGCUGUAACAGGGAAACUAAUAGAAGAAAUAAUCGAGGAAAAGGAAUAAGAAGAGAUAAUUUUAAUCAUGGAAUAAAUCCUGGAGGUGAAAUGCAACCAGGAUAUAUGGGAGAACAAGGACAAUUUCAUCCACAAUUAUCUUUUGUUGUAAUGUAUCCAGAUCAAACACAACAACAACAAUUCUCCGGCCAUGUUCAUUAUCCUCCACUAGCUAUAUAUCAGCCAAAUAUUCAUACACAUACAAGUACACAUCCUCAUGCACAACCUACGUAUGGAUAUCCUCCAUAUCAUCACCCUUCAGGAAAUAUAAGAUGUGUGCGGCAAGUAACACCUAUGCUUUCUCAGCCUACUCAAGAAUGUACAAAAGUACAAACUACUAAGUCUCAUGAGAAACGAAUACAGAAUACUUAUACACCAGUCAAACAACCUUUUCAUCAAGUAAAUGAAGAGGAUAAUUCCUCACAGACCAAUAUAGUCACUACAGUAAUAACUGUAAAUAACAGUAAAGUAGAGCAAUGUACUGAUAAUGUUGAUGAAAAUACUGUUAACAGAAAAAAUUCAAAUACAAAUGGAAAAGUACCCCCUGUUAAUGUUAAAAUAGAACAUAACAUUGUAUCUACUGUAAAUGAAAAGUGUAAUGGAGCUGAAAAAAAUGAUGUACCAUGCGUAAAUAUUAAUAGUAGCAUUGAAGUAAAACAAAAUGGAGAAACUGAUAAAGAAUAUAAAAAUGAAACUGUUUCUAGUAUUAAAACCACUGUUGUUAAAACAUUAUCAAAACCAGUUUCUAAAAAUGAAAGUGAAGCAUACAAAGAAGAUAGUUCCAGAAAAAAUGUACAAGAUGAAGUUGUCAUUAAAACACCAAACUCCUCUGUAACAAGCACUCCAAUAAUUGUACCCACUACAUCAUCACCAGCUUUAUCUAGUAUAUCUUGGGCUAGUAUUUUGAAAAAAGGAAGUGCCGAUACACAAUCUAGUUCAUCAAAUUAUAAACCAACUGCGCGCAUUAAUCCUCUCCCAAUCACAGAAAAUAAUGUAACAUCAAAAAUUACAUCACAGUCAACAGAGAAAGAUCAACUUAACAGUACAACUGUAUUUACAAACGAAAAUAUUUCAUCCAACUUGCCAAGCAUUAUAAGUGAAAGUAAAAAUUCACAAGCAGAUUCAUUACAAAACCAUUAUAAUGAUCCCAUUGCCUUCCGAAUGGGUGAAUUUUUAUUAAAUUAUCAGAUGGACAAACAAACUGUAAGUUUAUUACCUAGAGGACUAACAAAUCGUAGUAAUUAUUGCUAUAUUAAUAGUAUAUUACAAGCUUUACUUGCUUGUCCACCUUUUUACAAUCUUUUAAUGGCUCUACCACAUUCUAAAAAUCCUAGUAAAAUGUCUUCCACUCCACUUAUUGAUAAUAUGAUUAAAUUUGUACACGAAUUUACACCUUUAUCAGAUGGUGCAAGAUUGGCUAGAAAAGAUAGAGCAAAUAAACGAGGGGAAGAUACAGUAGUAGACAUACAAAGUGGGGUGGCCUUUGAACCUUUUUAUGUAUAUACAAUGUUAAAAAAUACGUCAGCAGCUGGUGUCUUUUCUGUGGAAGGGCGACAAGAAGAUGCAGAAGAAUUCCUCUCGUGCCUUCUGAACGGUAUCAAUGACGAAAUGCUUGAACUUAUCAAAUUAGUAAAUAAUGACCAAAACGUAACAAAUAAUAUUGAAAGUAAUGUAAAUUAUAACAAUGGAGAAGAAGAAUGGAAGGUUAUGGGUCCAAAAAAUAAAGGAUCUAUCACAAGAUGUACCGAAUUUGGAAGAACUCCAUUGUCUGAUAUAUUUCGUGGACAAUUGAGAUCUAGAGUAUCACGAGCAGGAGAACAACCAACAGAUAAUGUCCAGCCUUUCUUUACAUUACAACUUGAUAUCGAAAAAGCAGAAUCCGUGAAAGGUGCACUCGAAAUUCUUGUCGGAAAAGAUCAGUUAGAAGGAAUGACAUGUAGUAAAACGAAACAACAAAUAGAAGCUUGGAAACAAGUUACAUUAGAAGAAUUACCUGUCAUUCUCAUAUUACAUCUAAAAUGGUUUGACUACAAACUGGAUGUUUGCUCAAAAAUUGUGAAAAGUGUAGAAUUUCCAAUUGAUUUAAAAUUGGAUAGCAAAUUUCUAUCACCGAAUACUGUAAAAAAACUAAAUCCAAAACAAAAGCAUUACAAAUUAUUUGCAGUUACUUAUCAUGAUGGUAAAGAAGCAACGAAAGGCCAUUAUGUUACAGAUGCUUUUCAUGUUGGAUAUGGUGGUUGGGUCAGAUAUGAUGACAGUUCAUUGAAAGGUGUUUCUGAAAGUAAUGUAUUAAAACCAACUCCCCCAAGAGUUCCAUAUUUAUUAUAUUAUCGACGGUGUGACACUAUUGGGAAUAAUCAGUCAAAUAGUGCUAAAACACGUUAA